AUGACAAUAUUUUUACUUUUCAUGAAUCAUGAAGCCUAUAAAAAAAUAUGUAACGAAAUUAAUAGAAUACGUGAAACGUCCAAAACUGAAAAUGAGAAAAUUGAAAAAACCAUAGCAGAUCUUAGUAACAAUAUAAAUGGAGUACGUGAAACGUUUCAAACUGAAAAUGAAGGGAUCGAAAGAAGAAUUCGUGAGACAUUUCAAACUGAAAAUGAAAGAAUUAAAAGAGCUAUAGCGGAUCUUAACAACAACAUUAAUAGAAUACGUGAAACAUUCCAAAUUGAAAAUGAAAGAAUUGAAAGAACUAUAUCAAACCUUAGUAACAACAUUAAUAGAACACGGGAAACAUUUCAAACUGAAAGUGAAAGAGUUGAAAGAACUAUAUCAAACCUUAGUAACAACAUUAAUAUAAUACGGGAAACAUUUCAAACUGAAAUUGAAAGAAAUGAAAGAGCUAUAUUGGAUCUUAUUGACGAAAUUAAUGAAAUACGCGGAGCUGAUAUUCAAGCAAGCGAAGGUCGUUCUCUCAAUUCAAUGUUUGAAGAAAUAGCCUCAAAAAUUGAUAUAUCCAAAAGUACUGUUUAUAAUUUUUAUCAUCGUCGAACAAAUCCGCAACAAAGAACAAAGGAUGAAAUUAGAAAAUGGGUUAAUGGAGAAGUAGGAAGUCAUAGUAAUUUAAACAAUCCUUACCGCUAUAAUUCUAU